CUGAGCAGACUGAGGAGACCAUGUAUAAUUUGAGUUGUUACAACCCGGAUUCCUUUAUUCUUGUUGGAAUACCUGGCCUGGAGAAGUUCCACAUCUGGAUUGGGAUUCCUUUUUGUGUCAUCUAUGCGGUGGGCACCGUAGGCAACUGCAUCCUCCUCUACCUCAUCGCGGUUGAACACAGCCUCCAUGAGCCCAUGUUCUUCUUGCUCUCUCUGCUGGCCACCACAGACCUCAUCCUGUCCACUGCGGCAGUGCCCAAGCUACUCAGCAACCUCUGGCUUGGCCUCCAGGAAAUAACCUUCUCCGGUUGCCUCACCCAGAUGUUCUUCCUCCAUUUCAGCUUUGUAGUGGACUCGGCCAUCCUGUUGGCCAUGGCUUUUGAUCGCUAUGUGGCCAUCUGCUUCCCUUUAAGAUACACCACCAUCCUCACUCCGCAGAUGAUCAUCAAGAUCGUGGUCGGGAUUAUCGUGAGGAGCUUCUCUGUCAUCUUGCCCGAUGUUUUUCUGCUGAAACGGUUGCCCUUCUGCGGGACUCGAAUCAUCCCACACACGUACUGUGAACACAUAGGGGUUGCUCGGCUUUCCUCUGCUGACAUCUCUAUUAACAUCUGGUAUGGAUUUUCUGUGCCCCUCAUGACUGUCAUCUCAGAUGUGAUUUUUAUUGCUGUUUCCUACUCCUUCAUCCUCCGUGCUGUUUUUCAUCUCUCAUCCCAGGGCGCCCGCCAAAAGGCCCUCAGCACCUGUGGCUCCCAUGUCUGUGUCAUCCUCAUGUUUUACACCCCUGCCUUCUUCUCUAUUCUUGCUCAUCGCUUUGGGCACAGUGUCCCUCGAAAUGUACUCAUCCUGUUUGCCAACCUUUAUGUGGCCAUCCCUCCUGCUUUAAACCCGAUUGUUUAUGGAGUCAAGACCAAGCAGAUUCAGGACAAAUUUAUUCUCCUCUUCACUUUGAAGAAGACACAGUGAAUGGGGAGAAGA